AAUGUGCUUGAAAAAAGCAACAAAGUUGGAAUAUAUCAUUACAAUGGUAGGUGAACGUCAGAACGAGAUGGCCACGGCGACUAACCAUAGUGAUGCUUGUAUUUAAAGUAUGCUUAUGUGAGAUUAUGUUAAUGGUACCAGGUGGAGAACCCGUGCCACCACCAGCCAGCGUGUCCUUCUCCGUCAUUUCCACACACUACCUCCUCCUACUUAACCACCCCACGUCCACACGCCACCCCCGCUCCUAAUCCAUUCGUAAUAUCCGCCUAACAAAACACCACCACCUGGCUAAACACGCGGCCAGCAGUUUUGACCUCUGACCGUGUCACUGCGUCCGCGAAAUAUCUGCACCAUGGAGAUGGAGGCCUCGCCGCCGAGCUCGCUGCGGCGCAGGCUGCGGGCCACGGUGUGCUGCUGCUUCGGCUACGGCGACCGGGGGCAGUGGGGCAGGCGGGGCAGCCGCGGCGUCGGCAGGUACGACCCGCUCAGCUACGCGCUCAACUUCGACGAGGGCCCCGACGACGGCGACGACGACGUCGACUACGACGACUUCAGCGACGGCGGACUCCUCUACCGUAGCUUCCCCUCGCCGCCGCCGCCGCCUCAGCCGACCCGGGCGCGGCCGUUGUCUGUGCCGCCGCCGGCCGUCGCAGCCGCGUAGAUCUGUUGGUAGCUCGGCCAUAUGCGUAUGCUUUGUUCGGUGUGUCUUCGGCCGUUUCAUCUCCAUGUUUGCUGUGUGUGUGUAACUUAUAGCUAAAGAUGCUGGUCACGUUUCACGUUUCAUUUGUAUCGACAGAUCAGUGUUAGUUUCUCCA